GUGUUGUGGGGGAGGCCUCUCACCCACAAUGAUACCCAAGUCCUGGGGGACCCUUCAACUUGAAGCUUGGCUCUGCCCAGGGAUAUCAAAUGGGGCAGUACCCUCCCCGAGGGUGAAGUGUGCCCCUCACAUAGUCAGCUGGCAGUGCCCUCUGCCAUGUCUUCUACCUAAGAAUGGGCAGUCAGACUCCAGUGUUUCCAGCAGCCCAUCCCCAAAGUCCCAUGCUGAGGCUCCAGUACAGACACUGCAGGCCUGUCUCCCACUUGGCCAGCCCUAGUGACGUGACCACUCACCCGUAUGGUCAGCUUCAGACUGGUCCCUGAUGACACACUCUCCCUAGGAACAGGCAGUGGGGCCCACAUGCGGUUGGAUAGCACAUUGGGAGCAGGUAGCACCCCUACCCUCAGCAAGGCAUGGUCCCAUGUUGGCAGGCAACUGUAUCCUGGCCCAGUGCUGCCUAGUUGGCCAAUGCCCACCCUGCCUGAUCAGAGAGCCCUGUUGUUGGGGGCAGGGACAGCCAGCAAGGCCACCCCCCAGACAGGGCCAACUCUAGGCCUCAGUGCAGGCAGGAUGCACUCAAGUGCCAUGAUGGGGUGCAGUGGACAUGGGGCAGGAGGCAGAUAGGUAUCCAGGUGGGCCCAUGGCUAGCAGGCAGGGCGUGAUGCAUGCAAAAGGUAAGGGAGGUGGCCCCAAGGACAUGGGGGGUGGUCUUCACUGCCAUGUGGAGGGGCCUGAUGGGGAUAGUCUGCAGCCUAGGUCUAGGAAGGUGAUGACAGCCCAAGAUGGGCUGCAACUUAAGGGGGCAUGAGAUGGAGGCCUGUGUGCCCAGGAGCUACAGACCCACAGUACCCAAGGUGGGCCCUUCUAAGAGCAGACAUGGAUGUGUGGCCCUGGAGGCAGGGGGCCAGGUUCAGGGGCCUCCCUGCACCCUACCCUGGGGGCCCACAUGGGGGAUCCUGGUCUGUGAUGGCCCCAGUGCAGCAGCAAGAGCCCUGCCUCCCUAUUCAUGUGGCCGUCCCCCUCUGUCUCUCAGGAGACCCCACUCAGAUGGUCACACACACAUUCCCAUGUGACCUCAUGGUAACGGAUGAUAUCUUCAAAGACCCUCUUUCCAGCAAGGUUGCUGUCACAGGGGCAGGACCUGAACACAUCUUAGGGGUAUUCGCUCCAAUCUGGGCUGGCUGCCCCCACCAUCCUGAGAAUAGCAGCCAUCUCAGCCUGUGUGCCCGGGGCAUGCCUGUGCUCGGUAUGGCCAAUGGCCAAUUCUGGGAGCUGGGUUCUGCAGGGGGGUUGUCAGGCCUGAGGGGGUGUAGCCAGUGACACCAUGGGGGCAGGGCCAUGAGAAGGCAUUCCUGCCCUUUAACACCUGGAGGGGAAAGUGGGUAUGAUGCCAGCUGCCUGGGUUAUAUUCGUCCUCACACCAACGGUCACACAGCGUUUCGUGUUUGGAGAGUGUUUUAACGGAGGUAUAAGUUCAUAGAGCAACUCCUUCCCCACAUACAGGACCACUGAAGUCGAAAGUGGUCAAGAAUGGAGAGUGGGAUGGAUGGGCUCCUGGGACACCAUGGUUUGCUCAGACCCACCCGGCAGUGCCACAGAAGGAAGGCCUGGCUGUCCACUCCCUAGAGUCCAACUCAUGGGGCUCCCGCAGGACCGGGCAGAGCUGCCCCACAGGGUCUCCAAAGCUGCCAGUCUUCCCAGAAGCACACAGCUGUGGCCCUAGGAUCAGCCAGUCUGUUUCACACACCUCUGUGCCUCCAGGCUCCUUCCGGGAAGGCUGCUCUGUCCACUUUCGGGAUGCCUGUGAGUCAGAAGCAGCUCCUUGGUAACAGGCCUUUUGUGGGGAGGAGCCAAGGCCCUACCUGAGCUGGGAGUGAAGUCAGCCCUAGGCCCCUGGGCUGAAACAGGGACUCCAUGCUGUGCCCAGGUGUCUCCUCCCCAGCGGGACCCACACAGGCCUGGGGUGUCAGCCCUGUAGGCCAGGCUGGGCUGUACUCCAAGGUCCCCUCCUUAGUGUGUGUCUCUGCUCUGGGUGAUGUACCUCCCUACCCCCUCCCACAGGUCCCCUGCAGAAACAUGGCCCGCCGAUCCCAGAGCUCCUCUCAGGGGGACAACCCGCUGGCCCCUGGGUACCUACCCCCUCACUACAAGGAGUACUACCGGCUGGCCGUGGAUGCCCUGGCUGAGGGCGGGACAGAGGCCUAUAGCCACUUCCUGGCGACAGAGGGGGCUCCUGCCUUCCUGUGCCCUGAGGAGCUGGAGCAUGUCAGUCGCCACCUGAGGCCCCCGCAGCAUGCUGCCCGGGAGCCCCCCGAAGGCAGCCCACCCGACAUGGACAUGGACAUGGACGGCUCCUCAGGCACCUACUGGCCUGUGAACUCAGACCAGGCCGUGCCUGAGCUGGAUCUGGGCUGGCCCCUGACCUUUGGCUUCCAGGGCACUGAGGUCACCACCCUCGUGCAGCCCCCACCCCCAGACAGCCCCAGCAUCAAGGAUGAGGCUCGCAGGAUGAUCCGCUCUGCCCAGCAGGUGGUGGCUGUGGUCAUGGAUAUGUUCACCGAUGUGGACCUGCUGAGUGAGGUGCUGGAAGCGGCAGCGCGCCGCGUCCCCGUGUACAUCCUGCUGGACGAGAUGAACGCACAGCAUUUCCUGGACAUGGCGGACAAGUGCCGCGUCAACCUGCACCACGUCGAUUUCCUGCGCGUGCGCACCGUGGCCGGCCCCACCUACUACUGCCGCACCGGCAAGUCCUUCAAGGGCCACGUGAAGGAGAAGUUCCUAUUGGUGGACUGCGCUGUGGUGAUGAGCGGGAACUACAGCUUCAUGUGGUCCUUCGAGAAGAUCCACCGCAGCCUUGCGCACGUGUUCCAGGGAGAGCUGGUGUCCAGCUUCGACGAGGAGUUCCGCAUCCUUUUUGCCCAGUCGGAGCCGCUGGUGCCCUCGGCCGGGGCGCUGGCCCGCAUGGACGCCUAUGCUCUGGCUCCAUACACGGGCGCGGGGCCGCUCGUGGGGGCCCCGGGGCCCGGGGCGAUGACCCCGUUCUCUUUCCCCAAACGUGCACACCUGCUGUUCCAGCCGCCGCGGGAUGAAGGCCUGGGCUUCCCCUCUUUCCUCGACCCAGACCGGCACUUCCUGUCGGCCUUCCGCCGCGAGGAGCCGCCGCGGGGGCCCGGGGGCGUCCUGGAGCCACACGCGGGCAUGGGGAUGCGGCCGCUGCCGCGGCGGCUGGACGGCGAGGCCGGGCUUGGCGGGGAGCUGGCGGGGCCGCGCGGCUUCAUGCAGGCACGGCACCUGGAGAUGAACGCCUACAAGCGUCACAGCUACGCGGCGGCGGCCGAUGGCGCGGGCGCCGUGGAGAACUUCGCGGCGGCGCGGCAGGUGUCGCGCCAGACCCUCCUAAGCCACGGCGACGACUUCCGCUUCCAGACCAGCCACUUCCACCGCGACCAGCUCUACCAGCAGCACUACCAGUGGGACCCGCAGCUCGCGCCCGCGCGCCCCCAGGGCCUCUUCGAGAAGCUGCGCGGCGGCCGCCAGGGCUUCCCCGAGCCCGACGACUUCGCGCUGGGCGGCGGGCCGCGCUACCCUGAGCUGGGGCCUGAAGGCCACCUGCGCCUGGACUAUGUGCCAUCUAGCGCCUCGCGCGAGGUGCGCUACGGCUCGGACCCCGCCUUCGAGGCGGGACCGCGCGGCCUGGAACCCCCAGGGCCCCUCCGCCCCAACCUGGGCCAGCGCUUCCCGUGCCAGGCUAUGGCCAGGUUCGGCCCGGAGGCGGCGCCCGAGGAGGAGCCAGACCGUCGGGGCGGUCCCGAGGGCCGGGCCGGCCUGCGAAACUGGCGCCUAGCCUCAUACCUGAGCGGCUCCCACGGCGAGGAUGCAGGCGACGAGGGCCUGCCUGCGCCCAUGGAGGCCGAGAGCUAUGACGAUGACGUGAUGGGCCGCGGGGCCGCGGGAGACCUGCUCCCUUCGGCCUACCGCGGCCCCAUGGCCUUCCCAGCCCAGGGUCUGGGGCCAAGCUCCGGUGGCGGGGACAGCUCCGAGCGCGAGAGUCCGGAGGAGUCCGGCCUCGUCAAGCAGGACUCGUUCCGCUCGCGCCUGAACCCGCUGAUUCAGCGCAGCUCGCGGCUGCGCUCCUCUCUGAUCUUCAGCGCGACGCAGGCAGAAAGCGCGGGCGGGGGGUGCGCAGCCACCGCCGCCACCACGGAACGGGUGCAGCUGCUGCACAAGCAGCAGACGGUCAGCGAGACGCUGGGCCCGGGCGGCGAGGCUGUGCGCUCCACCGCCUCUGCCAAGGUGGCCGAGCUCCUGGAGAAGUACAAGGGCCCCGCCCGGGAUCCGGGCGGCGGCGCCGUCACCAUGGCCAGCCACAGCAAGGCGGUGGUGUCCCAGGCGUGGAAGGAGGAGGUAGCAGCGCCAGGAGGCGCGGGGGGCGAACGCCGCAGCCUAGAGAGCUGCCUGCUUGACCUGCGCGACUCUUUCGCGCAGCGGCUGCACCAGGAGGCCGAGCGGCAGCCCGGGGCUGCCACGCUCACCGCUGCGCAGCUGCUCAACACGCUGGGCCGGAGCGACGCCGACCGAUUGCCCUCCCGCUUCGUCUCAGCCCAGGGCCGGGCAGGCUCGCCUCAGGGGCGGGACAGCCCCCCGCCAGACGGGCCCAGAGCCCACCACGUGCCCCAUGGAGAGCCGAAAGGGAACCCAACCGCGCCUUACCCGGAGCGCAGGGGGAGUCCCACGCCUGGAUUCCCACCUCGCAAGGGCAGUCCCACACCAGGACCCACAGAGCGGAAAGGGAGCCCCACUUCUGCCUACCCAGAGCGCAGGGGCAGCCCCGUGCCCCCCAUGCCCGAGCGUAGGGGCAGCCCCGUGCCCCCGGUGCCCGAACGCAGGGGCAGCCCUGUGCCGCCGGUGCCCGAGCGUAGGAGCAGCCUCACCCUUGCCUUGGCCGGGGAGUCUCCGAAAGCAGGGCCCUUGGAAGAGUCAGCGGGAGGUCCUAUGGAGGUCCUGCGCAAGGGGUCCCUGCGCCUUCGGCAGCUGCUGAGCCCCAAGGGUGAGCGGCGGCCCGAUGAAGAAGGCAGCUUUGCAGCGCCUCAGGAGAACGGGCAGCCCGAGAGCCCCCGGCGACCAUCGCUGGGCCGAGGCGACAGCACCGAGGCCGCCGAGGAGCGGAUCCCCCGGGGGAUCCGCGUGGCCUCCGCCACGGCCAACGCCUUGUACAGCAGCAACCUGCGGGACGACACCAAGGUCAUUUUGGAGCAGAUCAGCGCGCACGGCCAGAAGCUCCGCGGGGCGCCGGCGCCCGGCCCCAGCCUGGCCCACAGCAGUCCCGAGCUGGGCCGCCCUCCAGCCACUGGCGGCCUGGCCCCUGACAUGUCCGAUAAGGAUAAGUGUUCGGCCAUCUUCCGCUCCGACAGCCUUGGGACGCAAAGCCGCCUGAGCCGCACGUUGCCUGCUAGCGCAGAGGAGCGCGACCGGCUGUUGCGGCGCAUGGAGAGCAUGCGCAAAGAGAAGCGCGUGUACAGCCGCUUCGAGGUCUUCUGCAAAAAGGAGGAGGCUGGCGGGCCAAGCGCCGGAGAGGGCCCCGCCGAGGAGGACACGAGGGACAGCAAGGUGGGCAAGUUCAUGCCCAAGUUCCUGGGCACUUUCAAGGGCAAGAAGUGAGGCCCCAGCCCACACCAGGCAAACCACUGCCACCCACCACUCAGGCUACCUGCUGGGUUGAGACCUGGGCCUAAGUGCAAGCAGUCGGGGUGGGCUGGUGGCUCGCUCCUCCUGGACACACACCCCCACCCUGCAUCCUCAAUCUCUCUGGGUUUCUGGUCCCAGGCCUGUUGGGGCUUCUGUUCCAAUCCUCACUCUCAGGUCUUGUGUGAUCUCCAGCUUCUCUCCCCAUGGGCUCCUGACUGCACUGUCCCCUGACCACUCUCUCUCUCCCUCCCUUCCUCUCUGUCUCUUUCCAGACCUGCCUUUCUUCCUCCCCUGCUGGGACUCCGCCUCUGGGGGCCUCUGGAAGGGAGGGCUGGCUGCAGACCCAAAGGAUGUCCUUGGGGGCCA